AAAACAAAUAUGGCGGAGCCAUAAAAAAAGAAGAAGAGAUAAUUGUAAAAUUUUGCUAUUAAACCGAAUUAAACCACGCAAUUGAAUUUUUUAAGAAGAUUUCAAGAUUGGGAAAGAGUUUUUAUAGAAAACUAAGCUGUUAUUGUCUUCGAGGCAAUCGUAAACGGUGCGAGUAAGUGGUAAAUGCUCCUAUGCUAUUUUGCCACCAAUUGUUAUUACGUGACCUCAAGAACGCCGCAAAAAUUUGGUAGCUCAGAUCGAGGGAAAAACACCCCCAUGAUUGUUGUGGCAUGCGGAUAGUGGAAAAAUAAAUUUCUGAAAGUGAACGGAAAGAAGUGCCCGCAGGCCGAAAUGCGAUUUGCAGUAUACGAAUAUACUUUGAGCGCUAAAACGAGACUAUUUCGGAAAAGUAUUUCUGGCUGAGAUGCCAACGGACUUGCCGGCAGAGGAAACAAGCAAACGCGCAGCAAACUAAAACAUCCAAGCAGGGAAAACCAUGUCAGGGGGCCGCGACAGCAACAGCACCAAUUCCAACCCCAGUGGCAAUGGUAGCAACGCCUCCAAUUCAAAUGCUAACUCCUCGUCCACAUCGCCAGCAUCCAAUCAGCGUCAGCGCGGUCGUCCCCCCAAACGGGCAACAUGUACUUGGUGUGGCGAGGGCAAGCUGCCGCUGCAAUACGUCCUGCCCACCCAGACGGGCAAAAAGGAAUUCUGCUCGGAGACGUGCAUUGCCGAGUUUCGCAAGGCGUACAGUAAAGGAGCUUGUACACAGUGCGAUAACGUCAUCCGCGACGGAGCACCCAACAAGGAGUUCUGCUCCAUUAUGUGCAUGAAUAAGCACCAGAAAAAGAACUGCUCCACAAGACAGAGCGGCGGCUCCGCGAACAGCAAAGGCCUGCUGGAGAGCGAUCGCAAGUUGCUGGCCAGUGGAGCGCCAGCGCCGACGGGCCCUUUUCAGUACGAGAGCUUUCACGUAUUCGACUGGGACGCCUACCUGGAGGAAACGGGUAGCGACGCAGCACCUGCUGAGUGUUUUAAACAGGCUCAAAACCCUCCAAAUAACGACUUUAAGAUUGGCAUGAAAUUAGAGGCCUUGGAUCCACGAAACGUCACCUCCACAUGCAUUGCAACAGUGGUGGGAGUCCUUGGAUCCAGAUUACGCUUACGCCUGGAUGGCAGCGACUCGCAGAACGAUUUCUGGCGGUUGGUGGACUCCACAGAGAUCCAUGCUAUUGGCCACUGCGAAAAAAAUGGCGGUAUGCUGCAACCACCACUAGGAUUCCGCAUGAACGCCUCCAGUUGGCCCGGGUACCUGUGUAAAAUCCUGAACAACGCUAUGGUCGCUCCCGAAGAAAUAUUUCAGCCCGAGCCACUAUCGCCGGAGGAGAACCUUUUCAAGGUGGGCCAGAAACUGGAGGCUGUUGACAAAAAGAACCCGCAGUUGAUCUGCUGCGCCACAGUGGAUGCUAUCAAGGACGACCAGAUUCACGUCACCUUCGACGGUUGGCGGGGAGCGUUCGAUUACUGGUGCAACUACCGAUCGAGGGACAUAUUCCCAGUGGGUUGGUGCGCACGCAGCUGUCACCCAAUGCAACCGCCGGGCCAUAAGUCGCGCAUGGACUCUAACAACAGUAAGCAGCGUCCGCGCCCACGCUACACUGUGGUACCCGAAUCGGAGGCCAUGGUUCCCGCCUCGCCGGCCACCGCCCAUUUCCAUCCCAAUUGUAAGGGCGGCCCGUUUAUCAACAAUUCCAAGCUGCCGUGCAUGGUUACGGGUCCGACGUACCAAACGCUGGCCAAGCUAUGUCUCCAGGAGGUUCUAGCUGCCAGCACGGAUACACAGCAACUGUCCAAGCUUCUCUUUGCGCUGGAAGGUGAUGUUCACAUUGUAACGGCAGCUGGAAAAAAUUUUACCGUUAAAAUUCCAUCGCCAUUACGCAUGAAAGACGACGAGAGCCUGGCCCAGUUCAUAGAGACGUUGUGCACCACAUGCCAGGCAUGUGCGAAUCUCAUCUCCCUGGUGCACGAGACGGAGGAGUGCAAGAAGUGCGCUGGUAGCAGGAAGCGUCCGUUGACCCAGUCAGCCACGCCUCCCACAUCGCCAGUGCUCGCCGACAAGCGGAACCGUCACUCCAACUCGGCAACGAGCCCUCCCGCUGAAAAGAUUGUCAUCAAACAGGAGGCGGGCGUCAAGUCACCUGUGGAGGCUAAACCAAAAUCAUCGCCCAACAGUGGCAAGGAGGCGUCCAACCACCAGAACAACAGUAGUGGGAGCAAGUCUACCAAGGUGGUCGUAAAGACCGAACCCAAUGGAGUAGGCUCGCAAGCGCCAUCCACAGCCCAGGCACUGCGAAAAGUGCGCUUCCAGCACCACGGAAAAGGGAGUGGUAUCGUUUCGAAUGGAAAUUCGGAUGCGAGCCAAGGAACAGCUGCAACCAGCAGUCACUGUAGUAGCUCCACGACAUCUUCCAGUACCAGUUUGGCGGGAGGAACAGCGAACACUUCCUCGAUUGGGAAGUACCUGGCUCCACUGGUAGCCGAAGUACAUCCUGAGCAGGUGAAUGUCAAGUCCUCGAAUAGCUAUUACAAGAGCCCGACAACGUUAUCGUCCAGCGCCUCGUUGCCCACAUCCGUGUCCACGCCUUUCACUGGCUGCCAGUCAGCCUCGUCCACUGCACUGGCUGCAGGCGGAGUAACGGCGGCCAAGGCUGCCACCGCGCCGACGGGACCAGCAGCCGCUGCAGCGGCAUCCACAAACUAUACAGCGAUUACCUCACCCGUAAGCACACCCACAUCCGCAUCGGCUGCCUCGCAUCUGCGGGCGCAGCCAAUCGAUUGGACCAUCGAGGAGGUUAUCCAGUACAUCGAGAGCAACGAUAACUCCCUCGCAAUUCAUGGCGAUCUGUUUCGGAAGCAUGAAAUCGAUGGUAAAGCUUUACUAUUGCUAAAUUCAGAAAUGAUGAUGAAGUACAUGGGCCUGAAGCUAGGACCUGCCUUAAAAAUCUGCAAUUUAGUUAAUAAGGUGAACGGACGUCGAAACAAUAUGGCACUAUAAUUGAACACUAACUUGCAAGCAAUCGACUCCGAUCGAGUUGGACUUGUCAUACAUAGAAAUUGUUAACAAAUUAGUACCUCCCCAUAAACUAAAGCGAAAAGCAAACGUAAAAGCUGUUCAUAGACGAGUAAUGUGUUGGCCAUUUCGAGAUAAAAACAUAAAUUCCUCAUUUUAUUAUUUCGAUAAUAUGAAACAACGCGCAAAACCAUAAUGUCAACCAUAAAAACUAUACUUUCCAAUAUAAAUCAAUGGAAAAUGCAAUCUUAGAGAGCCAAGCUCCAGUUUUCAGAGUUCUACAAUCUAUUUUAUUAUUUAUUCAAUCAAUUUAAAUUCGAUAUUUGAACAAAAUUGUAUAUCAAAUCUUGUUAUAUUUUUAUUAGGCUUUUUUGCUUUUAAUUUGAUUAUUCGAGUCGUGUUUUUUUCACUCACCCAGUCGCAAGAUAUAUGCGAACAAAAUUGUUUUAAAAUUAUAUAUAUUAUUUAGUGAAAAUUGAAAACUGGAGCCUGGCUACCAACUCACAAUGCACAUUACAUGAUAUUUAUGAAACAUAAACACGCACAUUAGACACCAAAAUCUAUCCGACACGACAAGAAUGAUAUUUAACUUUAGAAUAUAAUAUGAAGAACAACAAACUGAAUGUACAUAUUUACAUAUAAUUUUGUAAUUAUGUAUCAAUUGCGUUUCCUAAAUAUAACAAUAUUUAAUUAGCUAUUAAAAUAAAUGAUGUAUAAUUUUCUAUUAAGUUAUUAAAUUGAAUAUUCUUAUUAGUUGAAUCAACCGGUAAUUAAGGCAAAGUUUUAAAAUAAGACCAGUUUCCUUUCAAAGUUUUGCAAUACCUAUAUACAUACACGCGAUGGAUCCAAAUCGUGCAAAGCAUUGCAAUAAGUCUCAUUAUGUUUACCAAGAACCAUCUACACAGCAAAAUUAAAUAGAGCCAACUGUAUAUAUCAUUGCGUAACAAAUAUAUUACACCUUGUUCUAUUUUCUAUAA